CGCAUGCUUGCCGUGUUUGGACUCCAGCAGCCCCUGCUGCCAAAUAGUGCUCCCCGCACCAAAGUGUGGCUCUGCGACGAGCGCGCCUGCGCACUGCCAUCCUCGGCAGGUUUCCUGCCAGAUGGUGGCCGCGAAGGAGCCGCGGGUGGCUCGCGCUGAAACCGGGGGAGGCUCGCGGCGCAGAAGGGUUCGGCGUGAGCUAAGCGCUGCGGUCAACUUUUCAUGUCGAGGGAUAGGGACGCUGGAGCUGAAGCAACCAUAUCUCAAACUGAGGAGGCACGUUUUUAGGACUGCGCAUGACUGAAAAGAAUAGACCAUAGCUGAAGCUUUGCAUCUGGGCUUCCAUCAUAACCUGAAAUCAGUGUGCAGUCUUUGGGAGUUUUGUAUGCUUUUGGAACAGGUGUUCAAAAAGAAGCCUUUCGCCACAACCUUUUACAUAUUUUCAAGGAAUGUUUACUGGUUGCCGAAGCUUAUGAAGGUGCUGAAUCUUGAAAUUAGUAUUUUAAAAAGAUACCUGUUCCUAGGCCCUUUGGCAAAAUAGCAGCAGAGGAAGAAGGAGGAGGAGGUGGAGGAGGAGGAGGAGGAGAGCACCACUGGACUGACAGAUAAGGAGGCACACAGCAAUGAGGUCCAUACGAUCCUUUGCUAAUGAUGACCGCCAUGUUAUGGCAAAACACUCUACAAUCUACCCUUCAUCAGAGGAACUGGAGGCUGUCCAGAACCUGGUCUCCACCGUUGAACGUGCCCUGAAGCAUGUCUCGGACUGGUUAGAUGAAGUCAACAAGAUGGUGAAGCCAGACAAAGAAGACAUUAAGACUGAGGACAGUUCUGACAGUAAUGCAAUGGAUCAGAGAAGUGGGGCAUUGUGUGGCGUAAUGAGAAUUGGGCUUGUGGCUAAGGGUUUACUGAUAAAAGGCGACAUGGACCUCGAGCUUGUUCUCAUGUGCAAGGAGAAGCCUACAGAGGCCUUGUUAUGUACAGUGUGCGACAACCUUCCUCCACAGAUUCAGAAACUUACAGAGGACACCUAUCAAUUAAAAAAGUGUAUAGAUGAAGCAGCUAUCUUGAUCUGCAACACAAAACAUCCAAAUUUAUGCCUGAAGGUGACCCUUACUUCUCCUCGUAUGAGAGAAGACUUGGAGAAGACUGAUGGAGAAAAUGUUGUGCUGAAAGAUCCUCCAGACUUAUUGGACAGGCAGAAAUGCCUAAAGGCCUUGGCGUCUCUGCGACAUGCCAAAUGGUUUCAGGCAAGAGUUAACGGAUUAAAAUCAUGUGUAAUUGUUCUUCGUAUUCUCCGGGAUUUGUGCAACAGAGUACCCACAUGGGAGCCUUUAAAAGGAUGGCCACUUGAACUCAUUUGUGAAAAGGCUAUUGCCACUUGUAAUAGACCCCUGGGGGCAGGGGAAGCUCUUCGUCGGGUAAUGGAGUGCCUGGCUUCUGGAAUUCUUUUGCCAGGUGGUCCAGGGCUACAUGAUCCAUGUGAAAAAGAACUAACGAACACACUUUGCAGUUUGACAGUCCAACAAGCAGAGGAUAUUACAUUCAGUGCACAGCAUGCGUUAAGGCUCCUAGCAUUUGGCCAAAUUUAUAAAGUUUUAGAAAUGGACCCUCUGCCGUCAAAUAAGCCUACUCAGAAAUUUACCUGGAUAGACAAAGAAGGUAUAUCACUUAAGAGACCAUAUGAAGAUGGAACAGGGGAUGACAAGGAUCUGAUUAAAAAAAUGAAACGAAACUUAAGGAAAAUUCUUGACAGCAAAACAUUAGAUGCCAACCAGCCAAUGAAUGCUUUGAUGAGACUAAAUCAAAUUCGUCCUGGGCUCCAGUACAAGUUGUUAUCACAGUCUGGUCCUGUACAUGCACCUGUCUUUACUAUGUCUGUAGAUGUAGAAGGAACCAUCUACGAAGCCUCAGGACCAUCCAAAAAAACAGCAAAGCUUCAUGUAGCAGUGAAGGUUUUACAGGCAAUGGGUUACCCUACUGGCUUUGAUACCGACAUGGAUUCAAUGAGUGCAGAUGAAAAAUCAGAUAGUGAGGGGAAAAAUGAAACAUUGUCUACAAAUUUAAGCAAUAAUUCUGCCAGCUCUACCACAGACAGCUCUAACACACUGGAGGUUCGAACUCAGGGUCCUAUUCUAACUGCUAGUGGGAAGAACCCAGUUAUGGAGUUGAAUGAGAAAAGAAGAGGCCUAAAAUAUGAGCUUAUAUCAGAAACUGGUGGAAGUCACGAUAAGCGCUUUGUAAUGGAGGUGGAAGUUGAUGGACAGAAGUUUAGAGGUGCUGGACCCAAUAAAAAAGUUGCAAAAGCCAGUGCUGCGCUUGCGGCUCUUGAAAAACUUUUUUCAGGGCCCAAUGCAAUAGGCAAUAAGAAAAAGAAGAUUAUAUCUCAGUCAAAAGGGGUGGUAGCCGCAGCAGCAUCUAUUGCAGCCCAGGCCAUGAGAGGCAGAGGAAGAGGGGCUUUGGCAAGAGGAACUUUUCUCAGUGCCGCUACACCAGGAUAUUUGGCACCAGGUUAUGGAGCACCCUAUGGAUACAGUGCUGCAGCUGCUGCCCCAGCUUAUGGUGGUUUUUUCAUUGACAAUCCCUUUUACCAGCCUCGGACCAUCGCACCUCUUAUAAUUCACUUGGGUCCUCAAGAUUUCUUCUCCGACUUCUAGAACCAUCAGGUUGUGUGGCUCAAAUCCCCCUCUUUUCACGUGUUUCAUAAGUCACAAUUUAGAAAUGCUUAAAAACACACAAUUUGCCAAAAUGGCAUGGGGAAACAUUUACUCCUAAGAAUUUAUCUUUUACAACAAAGAUGAAUCCCUUAAGAUAAAAGCAAUAUUUAUUUUAUGAUCAACUGAAUGUUGACAUUUCUGUUAUAUAGCAAUACAGCUAAUCUUUACAUAUCGCUUACUUGAAAAUUUUGUGAAUGUUUUAAUUAUGAAAGAACACUGCAAUAUUUUAAAUUGAUUGUAUAUUGAUUAGCAUGUAAAUUCUUGUCAGUCUUAACCACUUCAGUGCUGCAAAAUUAAUGUAUAAUCUAAAAAGCUUUUUCCUGAAUAAAAAUAGUCAUUUAUUGUACUCUAAAUAACACAUUAACCUUGCUACUUUGCUUUUGUACAGAUUCCUCAUUAAAGAUUCUCAUUUUUAUUUUAGUUGUGCUAAAUAACAUUGCUAGACAUUGGUUUUCUGUGAUCUUUUAAUGUCCUGCUUUUUAUCGUUUUACAUUUAGAAUUACAUAAAUAUAUUAUUCUUAAGCACCAUUUAAGAGAUUUAAUACCCUUAAUCGAUUUAGUUGCAAUAACCCUUUUUUUCCACCAGCUAGCUAACAUGUUACAUUUUAAAUGAGCUUUGUUCCCCUCUGGAUUAAACCAGAUACUCACAAAACAAUUGUUCUUGAGAUCGGAGUAAUAGAUGCAAGAACAUGAGGAUAAUUCAAACCCCAUCAAACUGUAGUAAAAAAAAAAUAAAUAAUAAAUCCUUGCUUUUAAUUUUUUUUUUUUUUUUUUAAUAUUUUGAUUGAUCUUUUCCUUAUUGUGUCACAACAGUGCUUGCUGUCACUAAAAUGUGCCUAAUUACAUUGUUUAAUAUUUUUAUAAGAACACAAACCUACAUACUGCUAUCAGAACUCUUAUUAUCUUCUGAAAGUAUUUUACGUGCUGUAAACCAUGACCAGCAAUAUUUUCUAUUACUGUUUCUUCUAAAUUAAUUCAAAUUUGAAAUCAAUUUGAUAUACUUUUAAUGUGAGUCUGCAGUCAAUUAUUAUUUUAAAUAGUUUUUCUAAAGCAUUCUUCCUUACUUAAAAAUGUAUUGAACCCUUUCUCAUGCUGAGAAAAUUAUUGUUUUUCCCCAUUUCAGCCAAUAAUGUAAAAUUCAGCUGAAAUAUCAGAAGGUCUAUUUCUAAUGUAGCCAGAAGUAAAUUUUUAAUUUUAGUUAAAAGCUGCUGGGGAAUGAGAACACAGUGUAAACCUGAUACUCCAGUCUAUAUUGAGCUGGACCUCAUGCAGCGUGACUACUGCAAUGUCAUUAUAAAUAGGACGCACAAGGGCCUGGCAGACACAGUUGUCGGAGACAACUGAAUACUUUCUUGCUGUUGAUUAUUUUAAUGUUAAGAAUGAAAUUUUUUUGCAUAAGUGGGUGAAUAUUCCCUCCAAAAGUUUGAACACCAGAUCUUCAAGUACAAUCCUUUAUUUUGUAUUUUUGUUGUCAUAGCUUUAUGUUUUUAUUAUGUUUGUCUUAAACUAGUCAGGAAAAAACAUUGUAUAGCAUACCGUGAAACUAAGGUUUCCGAUUUAUAAGCACUACAUGUACACUUCGUAAGACAUCAAACACGGGUUGUAGUAAUUGAAGUCGUAAUUACAAUUUAAUUUUGAUUUGGAGUAGGGUAUAAACAUGGUGAGGAAAUGGAGUUGCU